CGAUUGAAAUCUUCGAUUAUAAUAGACUAUGAUUGAAUCAAAACUUGAUUCCAUUGCUUGUAUAGUGAAAAUUUUCCCGAUUAAAAUCUGAUUAUUUUGGAGCAAAAUCAUAAUUAUAAUCGAAUUUGUAGUUUCGAUUUUGCUGCAGAAUAAUUAGAUUUUAAUCGGGAAAAUUUUCACUAUACAAGCAAUGGAAUCAAGUUUUGAUUCAAUCAUAGUCGAUUAUAAUCGAGGAUUUCAAUCGAUUUUAAUUUUGAUUUUGGUGCAAAAUAAUUCUGAUUAAAUCCUUAAAAUUUUUCACUGGGUAAGACUAAAAACAAAUCUCAGAAUUUAUUUAUUUCGAUUCUAAGAAAUAAUCUAAUCGUUAGUAAAAAACGUUAUAAAAUCAUUAACAAAUGAUUAUCAAUUAUGUAAUGAAUACUGCUAAAAGUAAUAAUAAAGGAUUAAUUACGAAGUAUAUCAUGCAGACUUAAACAAUUGAAUAUAUAGAAAUCAUUUAGGAUAUGAAUAUUUUUGAGCACUGAAAAAACAUACAAUUGAUCACCAAAUUCAUUAUGAAUAAAUGGAUAGUACAUGGCUAACAAUCCCAUACUCUAACGAAAAUACUCCACACAAAACUGACACAAAAACAACAGAUAAUGUUAAUAAUAAAUCAUGGUAAUAAUGCCGUGCGAAAUUUUUUUGGAUGGUCUGGAGUUUUUCGUUUUCCCAAUGGUAUAAGGCGAGUUUCAUCUUUAAUUUUGUAAAUGUUGAACAUAAUCGCCAGUUCAAUAAAAUGUUUGCAUCUAUAUUCCUCGAGUCCGAUUGGACAUGUACAAGACCCAAGUGGUGACACCAGCCAACACGAUGAUUUCCAUGCAACAUAAUGUUCAAAUGAUGUCCAUUGACUUGAAUUAUAAAGAUCUAACCAAAUCGAUAUUGACAAGCAUUAUAUUUUGUUGUUGCAAAGUCUUUUGCUUCUUCAUAUGAUUUAGUGAUGUGUAAUAAUGUCCAUUCUUUACUACACAUUUUUAGUAUGUUAUUAGCGGCGGAUCUAGGAUUUUUUUGAUAAGGGGCGAUUUGAUAGAUAUGGGGCGAUUUUGACCAAAAAUCGAGUUUUGAAGUUCAUUAGUAGUAGUAUGCACUCUAUCUUUAAGUCUUUUCUGCUGGGAAAAAUCGAAAAUUUUUUUUCGAAUGGGGGCGAUCGCCCCAAGCGACCCCCCUAAAUCCGCCACUGUAUGUUAUGGUUCCUUAUGACUGGACACAUUUUAAAAGUGUUUUUAGUUAAUUGGAUCAUUCAGACCGAAUAAGAUUAUCCUUUUUUAUUUAAGCUUGUUUAAUUGAUCAAUCAACGUUUACGAUAAGUAUAUGAUCUAUCGUAAGUCUAUUAUCCAUAACUCAUAACAGUAACUCGCUGUCACUCACUGCGCACUAAUUAGUUUGGUGAUCAAUUGUAUCUUUUUUUGGUCAUCAAAAGUAUAUUUUUCCAAAAAAAUUGCUACCCUUUUCUUUUUUUUAUUAAUGAAAUUUGACAACUUUAUAAAUAGAUUCAAUGAAAAGAAGUCUAAUCUUAAGCAUAUAAUAACAAUAAACAUAAAAAAAGACAAUCAUAUCUUUUAUGUAUAUGUAUUUGGAUGUAAAAUAAAUAGAAGAAGAGAGAACAAAUGUAUUUUUUUUUUCUUUCUUAUUAGCAAUACAUUUUUACUAAUAAUCUCACUUGAAUGUGAUACGCAUGACAUCACAUAAGAAAAAAAUAAAUUGUUAUACACAUGUGAUAGUUUCACCUAAAUUAAGAAACAAACAUACAUUAUAGACGAGUCUAUGCAAGCUGAUAAUAACCCGUUACAACAUUUGAUUGAUUCUCAGAAUAAGACUUUUUUGCCUUAUUCUUCAAAUAUAUCAGAUUCAUCUUCCUCAUUGUAAGUCAAAUAAUCAUUAUUAAUAUAAAAUUAUGAAAAUAAUAAAAAAUUAAAAUAUAAUUAAUUUAGAAUUUUCAUAGAACAAAAUCAUCAACAAUACAAUACGUCGAAGAUGGAUUGAUUCCGAUUGAAGCUGAUAUGCAUAUGAACAAAAAUAUGGAAGAACAUUUGACAUGUUAUUAUGACAUUCAAGGUCUUAUACUUCGACGAGGUCAACCAUUUUCAUUUACAAUAAUAUUUAAUCAAGAUUUUCAUAUGGAUAAAUAUCAUUUAUCAGUUAUUUUCAAAUCUCAAACAUGGAUCAAUAUUCCAAAUAUCAAAAUUCCAUUGAAUACUUCAUCAAAUGGAUGGUCAGCAAAACGACUCUUCAUAGAAAAUCAGAAGGAUAAUUGUAUUUGUUUACAAAUCAAUCCUCCUUCUAAUACUAUUAUUGGAAAAUAUUCUCUUUUAUUAGAAAUUUGUUCAAUUACAAAAGAUUUAAUAAAUCAACAAGAUCUUUCAAUAUUUCAUUUUGAUACUGAUAUUUAUUUUCUAUUUAAUCCAUGGAAUAAAAAUGAUUCAUGUGCAUUAUUAUCAUCUGAUGAAAUUGCAGAAUAUGUUAUGAAUGAACAUGGACAAAUUUAUCUUGGUUCAUCUGACAUUCCUCAAUCUAUUCCAUGGUAUUUUGGACAAUUUGAAAGAGUUGUAUUACUUACAGCUCUUACUCUUCUUAAUAAAACACAUUUAUCAACACAAAAUCAUAUUGAUACAUGUUUAAUUCUUCGAAUUCUUUCAUCAAAAAUAUGUUCAGAUCUUGAAAAACAUAAUGGUAUAUUUCCAUCAUUAUUGAAUAAUCAUCUAAUUUCAUAUCAAAAUAAUGGAUAUACAAGUAGUCCAGCUAUUUUACAACAAUGUUUACGAUUAAAUAAUCAAAUGUUUCAAGGUGAUAGUGGUUGUAAUUGGCAACAUGCUGUUGUCUUUUGUAGUUUAUGUCGAUCAUUAGGUAUUCCAUGUCGUAUUGUUACUGUUUAUAAUGCAAUUAGUCAAAAUCAAGAAAAAGAAAAUAUUGAUGUCAAUUGGAAUACAAGACAACGACCUACUAUUGUAGUUAACUCAAAACUAACACGUCCUUGGCAUGUAUGGAAUGAAUGUUGGAUUCGUCGAGAUGAUUUACCAGAAUCUAAUUCUGGAUGGCAAGUUAUAGAUUCAUCUUUUAUUGAAUAUAAUACAAAUAUUCGACAUACUGGUCCAUGUUCAGUAGUAGCCUUGAAAUCUGCUACAUUAAAUUUAAAAUGGGAUACUAUCAAUAUUUAUCAUGUAUUGAAUGGAAGUAAAACUUAUUGGCUUGUUUAUCCAAAUGGAAAUAAAAAACUAAUUAGUAAGAAUUUCUUUUCAGUUGAAUAUUACAGUUGA